ACCCGAGAUCAAUCUUCCUAGAUUCGAUUCGAUAACGUCGAAUUUAAUUGGCCUUGGUUGGAUUGCGCUGGAGUGAAUUUAGCUGUAGAUUGGAUUUUAUUGCUGAUGCAUUUCCUCCACUCUGUUCUCAAUUUGGUAGGGAGCUGGCGCGGCUGUGCUGCGGCCUCUCGGCCACGAACGGGGUUGAAGAUGGAAGAGGAGGACGCCGCGCUCGACUUGCCGGAGAUGCUGAAGGAGGAGGUGCACUCGCCGCCGCGCAGCAGCAGCGACGACGAUGAGACCGAGGAUGACGUCAGCGACGGCGAGGAAGAGGAAGGCGGGGCUCCGGUCGGGACCGGCGGCGCGGUAGCCAGCCGGCCGCCGCUGAAGAAGGGGCCGUGGACGUCCGACGAGGACCAGCGGCUGAGGACCUACGUGGAGGCGCACGGCGAGGGUAACUGGAAUCGGGUCCAGAGGAACGCCGGGCUGAACCGGUGCGGCAAGAGCUGCCGCCUCCGCUGGGCGAACCACCUCAGGCCCAACCUCAAGAAGGGCCCCUUCUCCGAGGAGGAGGAGCAGAGGAUCAUCGAGCUUCAUGCGCUGCACGGGAACAAGUGGGCUAAGAUGGCGUCCGUUUUAGAAGGCCGCACGGAUAAUGAAAUUAAGAAUUUUUGGAACACAAGAAAGAAGAGGCUUCAGAAAUCUGGUCUUGGUCUUUAUCCAGAUGGUUUGUUAUCUCGGUUGGCAAAUCAAGAGAUGGGUUCUCCUAGUCCUGAUGAUUCACAUGGGAAAAAGCGACCAAAUGAGCUCUUACAUGGAAAUGGUCUUGAAUUUGAUGACAUUAUAUUUGAGAAAUUGGACUAUAAAAAGCAGUCACACAAUUUCCUUACUCCAAAUUUUGGAAUUCAAGAUUCUAACUACCCUUUGAAGCGCCAUGCAUCUUCUGGCAUAGCAUCAGACUACGAUGGCAAUCCUAAGUGUGAACAAUUUUCUAAUGAGACUGAGGAUGCCUCUUACAAUGAUCUCAACUCUGAGAUGUUAAUUGUUUCUUCUAAUAAUGUCAUUUCCAAUAGCACACCAUCAUUAGAUGACAAUUUCCCUAUUUCUGGGACUAUACAGUGGCCCAUUAAAACGGAGUUCCCUUCAUUCCAAUAUGCCUUCUGUGAUAGAAGCACCAACUUGUUCAGCUCUGCACCAACUCUUCCUGAACAGGUACAUGGAAUUGGGGUCCCUACAAAGUUCGAAGGAACGUUUGAUCCAGAACUUCCAUUUGCAUGUGUGUACCCUGACUUGGAUGCUAUUUCGAUGGACAAUAAACACAAUGCGAAUAUGUUACAAGACACACAUUUGUUGCCAGAUCCUUGUGCGACAGAUGUAGCAAGAUUUUUGAAUGAAGAUUCAACACACUCAGAGUAUCAACCCAACAACGGUCCACUUAAUGCAUUAUUGUUUGGAAAUAUUUACAAUGACGUUACAUUAUCAGCCAAGGAUGAUGGCCAUCAGAUCGUGCUUUCUAGUAAUGACAUACACAGUACACACCACUUGUCUGGAUAUUAAAACGGCAAGGAUGGAAAAGAUUAAACUUUACAACAAGCAUGAUUUUUAGGACGACAUCUGAGACAAUGCCGACGAUGAUGAGUUCGCUUUAUACAGUCCUUGUCUCUCGAUAUUACCCCGAGAAACAUCAUUCAUGAAGCAGAAUUAAAUCGAUUUUUUUUUGUUGAACUGAGUGUUUGUGUAAACACAUUCCAUUCAUUCAUUCAUAUUGUAUUGUCAAAGAAUUUUAUAUUCAAUAUAUUGAAAUGUUCCUCAGUGUUAA